UCUAGCUUCAUUUUCAUAUUGUUUACAGCUUGAUCUCUGUAUAAACGUGUGUUUUUCGGUGUUAAUUAGUAUAAUCUUUGUUUAAUUUUAUACAGUGAAGUGUGUGUUACGGUGUCAUGGAAGAAACAGAAGCUGGACCAGUGAUGGAGGAAUUAAUUGGUGAUGAAGUCGAUGGUAGUCAGAAAGGAUACACAGUGUUGGGAAUAAAAAAAUCAAAAGGAAAGGUUAAGAAUCCGAGUAAGCAGAAGAAUGAAGCUCAGGUAGAAAUUCCAGAAAAAGUUGAAGGUAAAAAGAAGGAAGAUAGAUGGAAGCCGGCAGAGAUCGACAUUUUUCUCGAAUUGUAUGGACUUUACCCCUGCUUAUGGGAUUACAAACUCCCCCAAUAUAAAGAUCGAAAUGCCAAAGAAUUCGCAUGGGGUGAAAUAGUUGAACUCAUGCAAAAAAAGGAUCUAACAGUUAAAAAAUGCAAAGAUAAAAUCCGCGUGCUCCGGAACACCUAUAGUAACGAGCUCGUGAAAAUCCAGAAGAGCAAGUCCUCGGGCAAAGGGCUGGAUGACGUGUACACACCAACCCUUAGAUGGUUUAGUACAAUGGACCGUAUCGUGGGACAGGUUGUCCAGAUCCGAGGAAGUCAACCAGUCGGACUUCUUGAUGAGAUACCGAACAUUGCUGAAUCUCCAGCGAAGAAACGCAAAUCCAAUACAGAACCCAUAGUGAUCAUGAAAACGGAAUCUCUUCAGACAACAACGCAGACCGAUCCGAAAGACUACGACAACACUCCGAGCAUUCGGAUUAAUCCGAAUCCGCAACAAAACAACACUCCGAGUACUCGGAUUAAUACGAAUCCGCAACACGACAACACUCCCACUGGGACUAAUCCGAAUCCGAGUGACAACGACAACACUCCGAGCAUUUGGAUUAAUCCGAAUCCGCAACACAACAACACUCCGAGUACUCGGAUUAAUACGAAUCCGCAACACGACAACACUCCCACUGGGACUAAUCCGAAUCCGAGUGACAAAGACAACACUCCGAGCAUUCGGAUUAAUACGAAUCCGCAACACGACAACACUCCCUCUGAGACUAAUCCGAAUCCGAGUGACAACGACAACACUCCGAGCAUUCGGAUUAAUCCGAAUCCGCAACACAACAACACUCUGAGUACUCGGAUUAAUCCGAAUCCGCAACACGACAUCACUCCCAGUACUCGGAUUAAUCCGAAUCCGAGAGACAACGACAACGUGCUAAACACAGUCAUCUCGGUACUUCAGACCAACGAAGACGAAUACGCUUGUGUCGGGAAAUCAGUAGCGGCCAAGCUUCGGAAAAUGGACGAAAUCCAGAGGAUACACGCGGAAAAACUGAUCAGUGAUGUUUUGUACCAAGGUUUACUGGGACUGCUGGACGAAACGAGCAAUGCUCAAUUAUAUACAUAAAAUUGUUAUGUUAGUGCUUUGGAGAAAUUACUUUUGGGUUAGUGUCUUAUACCAUUGACUGUAACAUAGUUAAUGGUUAUACGAAGAAAUUACUUUUACUUUAGUUAAUUAUACAUAGAAAUAACUUUUGUGUUCAUGUGUUGUACGGAGACAUGUUUUUUUUUAUGUUAAUGUGUUAUAUGGAGAAAUAACUUUUGUUAGUGUGUUAUACGGAGAAGUUACUUUUGUUUAUGUGUUAUACGGAGAAGUUACUUUUGUUAUUAGAAUAAAUUACUUUUAGGAUGUAGGCUAUGCAAAUAACCAUUUGUUAAGGUGUUAUCCGAAGAAAUAAGUUUUAGGUUAGUGUGUUACCCGGAGAAAACACCUUUAUGUUAGUGUGUUGAACGGAGAAAUAAUUUGUAGGUUAGUGUGUUAUACAGAAACCGGAUAUUACCGUAUUGAUUUGAUUUGUUUAGUACUUGUUGAGUACUCGUGUUUAGAGACUAUAACACACAUUAACCAUAAAAUAGUUACUACGGUUUCAACGACAUGUCUUUAUUAUUUAUGCAGGAUUAUACCUGAUGUAUAAAAUUAAAAUUUAAACAGAAAAAGAUUUUUGUGAU